GUUGCACUGACACCAGAGAGGACGCCACUGUUGUCUGAAUGGCUGACAAGCACACAUCAGACGGCAGGAAUGGCUUCAGUGGUUCUCCUCUGGACUGUGAGGUUUACAUCGCCAAUGAUUUCACCAAACAGGAGCCAGAGGACCAAAACCUGUGGUCCAGACCACUGGCUCGAAAAUGGAUCAUGAUGCUGUUUAUGGGCUCCUGCCUCCUCUACUGUGCCAGGAUGGCCAUGCCGAUCUGUGCGGUGUCAAUGGCGGCUUCUUUCCACUGGAGUAAGAUCGACUCUGGGCUGGUUCUGGGUGGAUUCUUUUGGGGUUACUGUUGCACGCAGAUCCUGGGAGGAUAUGCCAGUGACAAAGUGGGAGGAGAGCGCGUCCUGUUCAUGUCUGCAGUCUCGUGGGCUCUGCUCACAGCCUGUACUCCUCUUCUGGCCCACUUAAGCUCACACACCCUCGCUCUCAUGACAAUGGCCAGGUUUCUCAUGGGAGUAAUGCAGGGUGUGUUUUUCCCGUCUCUGGCCAGUAUUUGCUCACAGCGUGUGGUGGAAGGAGAGAGAGGGUUUUUAAUGAGCGCCAUGGCCAGUGGUAGCCAUCUUGGAACGUUGUUAGCAGGUGGGAUGGGGUCCCUGAUGCUGGACCAGUACGGCUGGGAAAGCAUGUUCUACAGUAUUGGUUUCCUGGCUGGACUCUGGGCACUCACCCUCUGGUUGUAUUUAUUAAGAGAUACAGAUUUUUCCCCCAAGCAGACGAAAACAAGUUGCGACCUCCGUUCAAGGUUGUCAAGAACACCGUGGCUGAGUCUCUUUAAGAAACCACCUGUCUGGGCCAUGGUGAUUGCUCACAUGUGCUUGUGCAGCUCUUUCUACACUUUAUUGUCCUGGCUGCCAACAUUCUUCAAAGAAUCAUUUCCACAGGCCACGGGAUGGGUGUAUAAUGUGGUUCCUUGGCUUGUUGCAAUUCCAUCAGCACUAACCGGAGGAUAUAUCUCAGACUUUUUCAUCAGCCAAGGAUAUGGUGUAAAACUGGUGAGGAAGAUAAUGCAGUUCUUCGCCAUGGGUGUUAUGAGCAUGUUCAUUAUGCCUCUGUCCGGAGAUGUCACAUAUCCCACUGCUGUGAUUUGUGUAUCUGCUGCCAUCGGUCUGUCCACCUUCAGCGGCGGUGGUGUGAAUGUGAAUGUACAGGAUCUCGCCCCGUCAUGUGCUGGUGCCCUCUUUGGUUUUAUGAACAUGUUCGGUGCUUUCUCUGGAGUGGUGAUGGUCUCUGUGUCAGGGUACCUGAUAGAGGUCACGCAGUCGUGGGCCAACGUGUUCUCCCUCAUCACUUUGGUAAAUGCCACAGGCCUUGGGAUUUACAUCAUCUUUGGAGAUGCCCGUCGAGUCGACCUGGAAGAUUACAGCCAGGUCAUUGUGAUUUGACUCGGACAUUUCUGUUGCACAUACUGGUCUGUGUCUGAUUUCUGACACUGUACAUUACAUUAAAUCUCAAUCUAUAGUCACAGUUUGUAGAAAAUAAGAGGUAUUCUUUGGUGACACUGGCUGGGAACAACAGAAAAACUAAAAACACAGUACAGUAUUUAACAGAAAUGAUUGUUUUGGAUGGAAUAAAGUUGUAAUUUCUUUGUCAUUAUUUUGACAAGGGAAUCAGAAUGUUACUGGUCAUAAAAGUGCAAACAUCCGCUCUGAAAAAUGAAGGUACGUGAACAUAGUUUGAGUUUUUGUUGUUUACUGUGAGUUGUACAUUGUACAAAUAUUUAUGACUGAAUAAAUAUUCAGUGUAGAAAGUUUGAUGUCCGCACAUAAAUGUUUCCAUCUAUAAUGACCACAUGAGAGAAUGCAAGCUGCUGGUGACAUCGAAAAACAUGUUAAAAGGCCAGUGUCAGUCAGGGGGAUUUAUUGGCAGAAACAGAAUUUAAUAUAAUAAGUAUGUUUUCUUAAAUGUAUAUUGUAUUGAAAAUAAAAAUCCUUGUGUUUUUGUUACCUUAGAAUGAACGUCUGGAUCUUAAGUUAUCAGAGUAAAAAGGUGAGCACACAUUAGCAGGUGCUGGGGGAGCAACUCGUCUGCAACAUGCCGAACAGCAUUGGAGAAACACUGAUUUGUAACAUGACGCUGCUUUAUUUAGCGUUUUUACCGGUUUAAAUCACCGUCAGUUUGUUUGGGAGAGGAUAAUUCGGCUCCUGGUAAAAAAAAAUCUCCUGAACAGUAAACUGAAGGAAUUCUAACCUUUAGAAGUUUUAGCUAUUUGCAAUCUGCAAUCCUUACAGCUAGACCCCACUACGUCCCCCUAAAGGUGUUUUCACACGGAUUUAGAGCAGUAACUCGGCAUUUUUUGCACGUGUGAACACUUCAAGAGGACUCUGAGGCAAACUGCCCUGAGACCACCUCAGGAGAUGGUCUGAGUUUGGUUCACUUCAAGUCCACAGUGCAGUUCACUUAACCUGUGCACUGUGAACACAGAGUGCUUCAGGUUCACUUUGCCAUUGUAUUUAGUCCUCUAGAUCACAUGCUGUUGCACUGGGACACUUAAAAAAACAGACGCAACCACGUUGGCCUGUAACGCUUUCAAGGACGCAGGACAAGGAAUAGUUUGGUCCACACAAGAUACUGCACGUCUCCAGAUGUGGAAUGUAGAAUACAUCAACCAGCAACAGUCUACAGCACAGAAACACUUAAGGUUUACCUCCAAUUUUAAGUUCAUCUGAAAGCGAGGGGCUUCAUAACCCCACUGCAGUGCUACAUCAAAGUAAAUAUAAAACUAUGUCAGUAUAUAUUAUAUAUAGAAUAUAGUGUGAACAGAAAGAGAACUGAGUCCUCUUCAAAUGAACUGACAAUGUGAACACAAAAAGAACUGAGUCUCUUUUCUGUUGGUCCAAUUUUAGGUGCACUUUAAGAUAUGUGAAAACACCUUAAAUCUUACACACUGGACCUUUAAGAGAGAAUGUCUGUUUGUCAGAUUUGGUGACAUGAGACAGUAGUUGACUAACAGUUUGCGUAUAAAGGACAAGGCAGCCAACUGUCAUGGAAAGGCCAUGAUUAAAUACUUUUAUAAGGCUGAACAGUUUCCUGAAAAUGUUGUUUGCUGUUAGCAAGCGUUACUCACGCAGGAGUGAAUGCUGCAUUUGAUGAUGGGGACUAUUUUCUCCUGCAGAUUUGGUGCUCUUAUAUUUUUAUGAAUUGGAUGUGAGCACUAAUGAUCAUAUCUGUAGCUCUGUUUUUGGUUUACUCUGGACAAAUUUUCAAAUCCACUGGAGCAGUGUCAUUCAUGAGUGAGGGGAAAACAAGGACGUGCAGUUUGCCUGAAAAGGACCCAACACUCAUAAAUAUUAUAUUUAUUCCAACUGAGCAUUUAAAAAAAAUCUGUUUCUGUGCUUUUGUACAGUUUGGUUAAAGUGUGUGUGAACUGUCACAUUUUUGUACACAGAUUGGGCUUUGUAAUAUAUAAAAUAUUAAUGAAUUACCUUGUUUACCGUU